GCAUUCUUUGUUUUUAUCCGCACUUUCUAUAUGUUUAUUCACACACAUUUCUUUAUUCUACUUUUAUUCAGCAUGUCGGCACAAAUGCUAAAACCUGGAGUUUUUAAACACAUUACUUGUCGAAAUAAUAUUUACCCAAAAAGUACAGUGAAACGCUUUAGCGUGCCAAGUGAAUUCGUCGAUUGGUCAACAGAAUAUAGCAAAUAUAUACCUCCGAAUUAUACUGCGCCACAUAUCAACGGGCAACCUUGGGCUGAUCCGGACAUCGGUUGUGAAAAUUUUCAGCCGAAGUGGAAUGAACUAGAUGGCGCUGUAAAUCGAGUGUCGCUUAACGGAAUUUAUAAAAUUGAAAAUGAAUAUCCGAUAAAUUCCUUUGGACGUACUGGCUUGCGGGGCCGCGGAUUACUGGGGCGCUGGGGGCCAAAUCAUGCCGCCGAUCCAGUGGUGACACGUUGGCAGCGGGAUGCUGAUGGAAAUAAAAUCUGGAAUAGUGAAACAAAAAAAAGCAUUUUACAAAUGGUGGCCAUACAACGUCAUGAUAAUAAUAUGUGGGCUAUACCAGGUGGCAUGGUUGAUCCUGGCGAAAAGGUUAGUGCAACACUUAAGCGAGAAUUCAUGGAAGAGGCUUUGGAUAGUUUUGAUAAUCAGAAAAUGAUUGAAGAGUUUUUCGCAAAAGGCGUAGAAAUCUAUACAGGAUAUGUAGACGAUUACCGAAAUACAGAUAACGCCUGGAUUGAGACAGUGGCGUAUAAUUUCCAUGACGAUAACGGAACUGCGGUGGGACAAUUAAAGCUCUCUGCUGGCGAUGAUGCUGCCAACGUAAAGUGGCUAAGCAUAGAUAGUAGCAUUAAACUGCAUGCAAAUCAUAAUGAUAUAAUUGAAGCAGUUGUAACUAAGUUGAACGCUCAUUGGUAGCUCGGUACAUACCUUGCAUAGUGCCUGCGGUCAUCUCAGGCCACGAAUAGAUUCGCUGCCGAAAAUUCAAGGCGAAUUCAUAGGAGGUAACUUCGAUAGAGCUACAAAAACACUUGCAUGUAUUUUAUUUUAGCGAUUUGAUAGUUGAAUUGCCCAAAUUUCAAUGUAAUUGAACAAUUAAUUAAGCAAAGAAACAGGGCUCUUUGACAUUCAAGUCCGCAAAUCACAAGAAAUUAGCUGCUUUAGUUUAUAUUAUUAAAUAUAUAAUUAAUUUAUUGUUAUUUCACCUGCCAAUGAAACUUGGGACCCACUUACAGAGUAAGAAGUCACAAAAAUUCCUCAAUUUUGCGCAAUUUCACAGUCAAGUUUUCGGGCUAUUGAUCACAGUUGCCAACCUCAUGAUUUAAACACUAGAUUAAGGGUGUGUUUUUUUUUUUUUUUGGAAAUUAAAACGGCAAACAAUUAAUAACCGUGUGUCUGUAGACCCAUUACUCAAAAUAAAAAACUGACCAAAAAGAGAAAAUUGCCGGUUUUACUAUUAUAAUAAACCAGAUGAUGUAAAUUAUACCAUCGCUAACAAACGCUUCUAUCGAAAUCCGAAAUAAUAUUCAAAAUAAAUUUCAUGACCGCAAGUUGAAAAUUAUGAUUAAGUAGGUUUUGGAAUUAAUGUAUACACUUUAAUGUAUAGAAGCUAAUUUUUUUACAGUUAUGAAUGAAUAAACAGUGUGUUACUGAAUUA